AUGGAUAAAUUAGCCAAACAAGAUAUAUUAACCUAUACUGGAGAAGCUUGUUUUGACAAGGGUUUGUGGUUGUAUGAAGAUGGUCAAUGCCAAUUAUCAAUGGUUGGAAAGAAUCAAGCUAGUGGGUCAGUGUGUAAUGGUCCAGAUGACUACACACUCGUUAAAAUAGAGUUUGAUCCAAACGUCAAUAACCAAAGAUUCAAAGGUCUAUGUGAAUGUGAUCAAUUUAGAGAAUCUCAUCAACCUUGUAAGCAUAUAUCAGCACUUGGACAUGCAGUUAGAAAUUGGUUUAUUUCUAAUCCAUCUUUGACAAAGAGUCCAAAUAGUUCAACAACUCCUUCAGAACCAAUUACUCUACAAAAUGUUAAAGGUAUUUUAAAUUCAUUUUCAAAGGAUGAAUUAAUUAAUACACUUUAUAGAAUUUAUAAUGAUAAUCCUCAAUUAAUGUCAAAAUCAUUAUUAAAUAAAUAA